AAACCUCCCACUCCUCGGUCUGAUUCUGGGUUGUGAGGGGCCAGGGAGGGGAGGGGAGAGAGAGAGAGAGAGCGGAGAGAGAGCCUGGCUGGCUGGUUGAGCCCGCUCGUUGAGCAGCCUGAGGUUCGCAGGCUCCUGUGGGAACUGCUGCUUCUUCCAGGCCAGCCAGAGCUGUACUCACACCACCGCCUCUCACCCUCUCCUGCUUCCUGCUGCUCCCUAGAGAAACGUCCGUGGGCUCUCCGCGGCGAUAUUCCCAGCUGCAUGCCGUUAGAGCCAGGCGGCGCGCUCCCGCACGCUAGAGCGCCGGGCGCCAGCAGGACGCCCUCUCCUCUGUGCCCUCUUUCCCCUCUCCUCCCUGCUGCGACCGCUCCUCAGCCACCUCCACCCUCACCAGCUCCAGCUCAGAGAGACGCCACCCAGCCGCGGUGGGCGCUCGCCGCCCGGGGUCACGCACGGAAGAGGGGCGCGAGAUCUGACCCAGCGCUCGGUAGGGGGCGGCCUGCGGCGGAGAGUGAAAGGGCAGGUGGUAUUUAAAGGUGUGGGAGUCGCCCGCUCUGAAGCCCGCGAUUCUCACUUGAGCCAUCCCCGCCUAGCCCCACUCGGGCCAGCGCCUGGUGAGCUAGCCCAUCUGUGGCGUCGGCCGUCGUCUCCUCCUAGCACCUCCUCGCCGACCCCUCCCUCCGGGACCUGCAUCCCGCUCCGCCAAUCAACGCCCGACUGCUUCUUCCCACGUGAUCCCGGGCGGGCUAAGGACCUGCUGCUUCCCAAACGCCAGAGGGAUGCGGGCGGCAGAACGUGAGAGGCGGCUGCUAGGCUGCUGGGCGCUUUGACUCUCCCUCCACCCAGCCCCCUUGGGCUCCUCUCCUCUUCCCUCUGGACUCCGGUCUCCUCCUGCUGCCCCGGCUUGCCAGAGCCCUCUGCUUAUGGCAGCAGCUUACCUCGUCUCCGGUGCGGCUUUUCGGUGCGCGACCCUCUCGCUCCCGGGGCUGAGCCGGGUCACUGGAUGUUGCUGAAACUCUGGAGAUCAUGCGCGGGUUUGGCUGCUGCUUCCCCGUCAGGUGCCACUGCCGCCGCCGCCGCCUCUGCUGCCGCUGUCCGCGGGAUGCUCAGUAGCCCGCUGCCUGACCCCCGCGAUCUUGUGUUCUUCGGAAGCCGUUUGCUGCUGCAGAGUUGCGCGAACUAGUCAUGGUGCUGUGGGAGUCCCCGCGGCAGUGCAGCAGCUGGACACUUUGCGAGGGCUUUUGCUGGCUGCUGCUGCUGCCUGUAAUGCUACUUAUCGUAGCCCGCCCGGUGAAGCUCGCAGCUUUCCCUACCUCCUUAAGUGACUGCCAAACGCCCACCGGCUGGAACUGCUCUGGUUAUGAUGACAGAGAAAAUGAUCUCUUCCUCUGUGACACCAACACCUGUAAAUUUGAUGGAGAAUGUUUAAGAAUUGGAGACACUGUGACAUGCGUCUGUCAGUUCAAGUGCAACAGUGACUAUGUGCCUGUGUGUGGCUCCAAUGGGGAGAGCUACCAGAAUGAGUGUUACCUGCGGCAGGCUGCGUGCAAACAGCAGAGUGAGAUACUGGUGGUGUCUGAAGGAUCAUGUGCCACAGAUGCAGGAUCAGGAUCUGGAGAUGGAGUCCAUGAAGGCUCAGGAGAAACCAGUCAAAAGGAGACAUCCACCUGUGAUAUUUGCCAGUUUGGUGCAGAAUGUGAUGAAGACGCUGAGGAUGUCUGGUGUGUGUGCAACAUUGACUGUUCUCAAACCAACUUCAAUCCCCUCUGUGCUUCUGAUGGGAAAUCUUAUGAUAAUGCAUGUCAAAUCAAAGAAGCAUCAUGUCAGAAACAGGAGAAAAUCGAAGUCAUGUCGUUGGGUCGAUGUCAAGAUAACACAACUACAGCUACUAAAUCUGAAGAUGGGCAUUAUGCAAGAACAGAUUAUACAGAGAAUGCUAACAAAUUAGAAGAAAGCGCCAGAGAACACCACAUACCUUGCCCAGAACAUUACAAUGGCUUCUGCAUGCACGGCAAGUGUGAACAUUCUAUCAAUAUGCAGGAGCCAUCUUGCAGGUGUGAUGCUGGUUAUACUGGACAACACUGUGAAAAGAAGGACUACAGUGUACUAUACGUUGUUCCCGGCCCUGUCCGAUUUCAGUACGUCUUAAUCGCAGCUGUGAUUGGAACGAUUCAGAUUGCCGUCAUCUGUGUGGUGGUCCUCUGCAUCACAAGGAAAUGCCCCAGAAGCAACAGAAUUCACAGACAGAAGCAAAAUACAGGGCACUACAGUUCAGACAACACAACAAGAGCGUCCACGAGGUUAAUCUAAAGGGAGCAUGUUGCACAGUGGCCGGACUACCGAGAGCUUGGACUACACAAUACAGUAUUAUAGACAAAAGAAUAAGAUGAGAUCUACACAUGUUGCCUUGCAUUUGUGGUAAUCUACACCAAUGAAAACAUGUACUACAGCUAUAUUUGAUUAUGUAUGGAUAUAUUUGAAAUAGUAUACAUUGUCUUGAUGUUUUUUCUGUAAUGUAAAUAAACUAUUUAUAUCACACAAUAUAGUUUUUUCUUUCCCAUGUAUUUGUUAUAUAUAAUAAAUACUCAGUGAUGAGAAAAAAA